UUGUAUGUAAAAUGUAUAUCUGCAUGUGUUUACCAAUAUGAUUUUGUGGCUAAUUGAGUUUUUACCCUACCUUUGGGUAGUGACAGUCCCAGUUUAUGGUUCAUUCUGUGGAAUUGAUCUUAUUUUAAGAAUAUCUAUUCUCUUGUUCAUUUAUGUCAUUGCAGGAGAAAUGGUACCAAAAUCGUUGCAUUCAGUGGUUCCAUAUCUGAGCUUUGGAUUAUGGGUUUUAAUUGUGUACUAUGUGCCUAUCAACCUGAUUCCUUGGCCAGUUAUCUGGUUGUAUGAUAAGUUACUAUGGAUAACUGGUCCAGUGCUGAUGAUUACAGAAAUUGUCCUUGCUCUUAAUUUCCAAAUGAGGUGUAGCCAGCGUGUUUGUGUCAGGAUACAAGAAGACGAUUCAUCUUUAUUUAAGCUAAUCAUCAUUUUAUUUUCUGCUGGCUGUUAUGCACUAAUGGCAUCCUUUCUGUAUGAGAUUUAUUCUACUGGCUCCACAACUCAUUAUUUACUGAUGUUCUUAGUGCUGAUUAUGUGUGUAGCGGUACACAACAUGAUGUGGAUGUCCCAGGAUGGAAUCCUAUGUGAUGCAGCUUUCACUUGUAUGUGUACAGUGUGUAUUCUUUAUGCCAUGAAGGAGGAGACAACUCUCAUCAACUCACCUCUUAAGACUCCAUCAACCUGGUUUCAGUAUGAUCCCAAACAGUCUAUGUUUCAUCUGGGACUGUUCAUCUUCAAUAGCACAGUUGAUAGUGCAGGCCUGGCCAUUGGAUUUCUUAUGAAGUUUUUGCGACCAUUUUUCCUGUUGACUCUGGGUGUUCGUCUUUAUAGCAUUCUGUAUAUUAUAGAAUCCAUGAAUAGAAUAGAUGAACUGCAGCGCGAAUACUCAUGGGAUACUUAUGAAUACCUGGAUGAAGAAAUAACACCCUGGAAAUCUCCCCUGACCAUGAAGUUGGCAGUAGUGUUCAUGUUCACACAAAUGACCAGCAACUUGUUCUACGAGAGUCAAGGUGUAACAAUUCUAAACACAUUCCCAUUUAACCUGGUGAGGAAUUUUUAUCCCAAAGACAUCAUAUUUGGUAGAGUUGUGCAAAUGAUUGCUGCAAACUGUUUCUACAUCUGGAGAUUAUCCAAUGAAAGGGCAGAGUGGAGCAACUAGUUCUCAUGAAGUGAUAUGAUUGGUGUAAAUUGUCUUUACAUUCAGAGAAUAGCCAAUCAAAAGGCAGAGUGAAACUACUGGAUCUCA